AUGGCCUCCCCCUCCGAACUCGCCCGCGCUUUAAGCGCCCUCGCGCUCGCCUCCGCGCUCGGCCUGCGCGGCCGCCGCUCGCAGUCCCUCUCCCCUACCGGCGCGCUCGCCGCCUUCCUGGUUGGCUUCCUCUCCUGCCUCGCCUCUGUCCGCUUCGGCGCUACCCUCAUCGCCUUCUACCUCGCCAGCACCCGCGCCACUCGCUUCAGAGCCGCCGAAAAGGCCCGCCUGGAGGACGGCUUCUCUACCGCCCAUGGCAACCGUUCGGCGGCCCAGGUGUUCGCUUCGUCCCUGCCGGCCGUCGCCGUCGCCCUUUUCUAUCUUGUCGUCUUUCGAUUCGACGCCCCGGUUACCCCGGCCUUUCCGACCCGAUCCUGCCUCCUGCUAGCAUACCUUUUGUUUUUCGCCGCGUGUGCGGGCGAUACCUUUUCGUCAGAAGUCGGAUUUGUGCUUUCGCCGCCAGGCGUCGACCCUCUGCUCAUCACACAACCGUGGCGCAGAGUUCCCCGAGGCACUAAUGGUGGCGUCAGCUUCCAAGGAACCGUUGCCAGUGCUGUGGGGGGCGUUGUUGUGGGAAGCGUCUAUUUUCUCGCGAGCCCGGAAUGGUCUUUUUCACAGCUAUGGCUAGUCCUUGUAGGACUCGUUGGAGGUGUCGUUGGAAGUAUUCUUGAUUCUGUCAUCGGCGCUAUAAUGCAGGCAAGCUGGCUUGAUACCGCCUCUGGUAAGGUUCUGAAAGUACCGCCACCGAAGGAAGCACAAGUCAAAGGGCGCUUUCAGCACAUCUGUGGUUUCGACAUAUUGUCUGGGGAGUCGGUUAAUUUAUUGGCAGGCGUGUUUACUAUGGCAGCUGCCCCGCUGUUGAUGGGAUUGUUCGCAGUCGAAUACCCUGGGGGCAUUUGAUAAAGCUCGUUGUGGUUUACA